AUUAAAUCGCUCGCACCGAGCCGUGCAGAACGCGACGAUGGUGGUGGAUGAGUUGCUUUUGCACUGGAGAGCAGGACACACCAGGUAGAGAACAUGGAGGAGUGUCACAGUCUGGAGCAGUCAGGAAAGUAUGUGGACCAGGACACAGAAGAGAAGAACACUACAGUGCACCCAAUGAAUGAAGCACAAGAGCAGAGACAUGAAAAGGACUGCAGUUCACAAGAAGAAUUAGCAGCCCCCGCGCGCAUAGACCCUGUCGCCGCAAACCGGUGCUCCGAGUGCAGCAAGUGCUUCCGUAAGCGAAGUCACCUACUGGAGCACAUGCGCCUACACUUCCCAGUGCCCUGGCUGGCUUGCUCGGCCUGCGGGCGGCACUUCACGAGCGCAAGCAAGCUGCGGACACACCGCCUGCGCGAGGAAGGCCAGUCCCGACACGCCUGCCCGCACUGCAGCUUCCGAGCUGUUGAGCGUCACUCGCUCAGGCGCCACUGUGCGAACGUACACGGCGAGGUGGGCGAUGACGUUGGGAGUGCGCUGUCCGGCCAGCCCGAGGGCUUCGUGUGCUCGUUGUGUGGCCUCGGCUUCUCGCUCAGCGCUGACCUCAAGGCCCACUGGAAAGCAGCACACAAGGGGGUGGUGGAUGACGGUGGCACCAGCGGUGGCGGUGGUGGCACCAAGAUGACGGUGCCUUUCACUUGCGCCGAGCUGGAGUGUGGAUUUGUUACGAGAUCAAGGCCCGAGUUUGUGCGGCAUGUGAAGGCCAGGCACGGUCGUCCGGCGGCGCCAUGCCCGCACCGUUCGUGCCGCGCGAUCUUCAGCGACCGGGCGGCCGUUCAGCAGCACAGGCGCGAGCGCCACCUGCCCUUCCACUGCGUGAGCUGCGACUUUGCAUGCUCCAGCAAGCUGCAGCUGCAGAGGCACCGGCGGGCGGGCCACGCAGGGCCCCAUCGCCUCACCUGCGAGCUGUGUCCGUUCAGCUCGCACAAUCCCGUCGAGCUGGAGUCGCACCGAGCACGGGCACAUGCCGGCGAGCGCCUGCACCGCUGCGCCGAAUGCGGCUUCUCUACGCCUGAGCGACGCAUCCUCAACCGACACGCGCUCACACAUAGCGUUGACAAGCCUCACAAGUGUCCAGAGUGUGAGUUCGCUUGCCGGGACUCAAGCUACCUGACGCGGCACAUGGCCAGGCAUCGCGACGUGCGCGAGCACAUGUGCUCCGAGUGCGGCUACCUCACCAAGUGGAAGUCGGCCCUCACCAUACACAUGCGCAAGCACAGUGGGGACCUUCGGUACCGAUGCGACAUGUGUCCGUACCGGUGCCACCGUCCAGACCAGCUGAGUAGCCACAAGCUGCGGCACGGCGAGAAGGGGCUGUGCUGCGAGGUGUGCGGGUACGCGUGUCGACGCCGGGCCGAGUUGCUCCGUCACAACGAGGCGAAACACAGCGGUUGUGGCGCUGCUGGGCUGUCCCCCUCGUCUGGGAUGAGCGUUGUAACGUCAACAUCGUCGUCAUCAUUUGCCGUGACCACGGAGGACACAACCAACAAGCCCAAUGGAGAGGGUGUCUCGCCCAACACAGCCAGGCCAACUCCACCACUGCACUGCAGGUACUGCAACUACAGAACACCCUACAAACAAGCACUACUCAACCACGAAAAUUGCAAGCACACGCACAGCCGUGUCUUCAGCUGCCCGACGUGCCCACACGACGCGUUCAGUGCUUCCAGCCUGCUCAACCACCGGAAGAAGCGCCACGGCUACCAGCCUGGUACGUACACGCACUCCACCAUCAAGGGCUCACAGGCGGCGCCGUCUACACACGAAGCGGCCGCAUCUGGCAGCGUGGCCAUCGGCCACAGCGGGGGCUCGAUCGCAGUCGUUUGGGACGCCGGUGACUUCAGAGAAGCCACUGCGCCGGUUGCAAGUGAGAGAGCCGUUAGAUCCGGCCUUAAUGAUGUGGAACGCUCCGCUCUGCCGACCUUGGAGCCCGAGGAAAACGAUCGGGAGCACAAUGGGGUCGACCUUGACGGUGAGGACCUUGGCGGUGGCAGCAACAGUGGAAUGCUCGUGGGUAGGGGCGUUUUAAAUCGAGAUGCGAGUGGGGUUAGUGAUCUGGUUGCAGUUGGAAUAGGAGAUGCAGUGACUCAAUACGUGGAGGAGGCUUUACUACAGAGCAACAUCACAGUCAACGAGGUUGUGGCAGAGUCGCAUCGUGCAGCAGAUGCUUCUGAUGUACCGCACAACUCUGGACUUGCAGUGGAAGAGGAAAUGCGAGACGCCGCUCAGGACCUGGUUGUGCCGGCAGAUAUUGAUCAUAGUUUUGGAGAUGCUGUCACAGGCAGACCUGCGACUACUGAUUUAGAGGGUGGACAGCACGAGGUAAUGAGCGGUGAGCGACCCCCAGUCUUGGAUGGAACUGAGCAGGAGCUUGUGCGGGCCGUGGAUGGUGAGGCCUACGGGACCUUGAGCAACGCAGGUGGAGUCGAGGAAACGGCAGCUGAAGUGGCAAAGCUUCUCGUGAGCCUCUACCCAACCGCUUGUCAGAGUGAAAGUCUGCACGGCAAACUUGAGCACAGCCGGCAGGGGCAUGAUAGCGCACUACAGAUGCUCGAAUCGCAGCACAUGAGUAAGGAGAGCAUCGCUGGAGACUGCACCAUGCUUUUGGAAACCCAUGAUGUUCAAAAUACACAAUAUCUUCAACCCUCACAUCAUCAAAGUGAAAAUGUCGUCUGUGGAACAUUUCAGGAAAAACGUAGUUACGAAAGUAUCGUAGACUCGAGGGACAAGACAGUGGCUCUACCUUUGCUUGCAGUGACUAAAGUUACGGAGCCGGUGGAUCAAAUAGUGUAUUCUUUAGGUAAGGAGAUAACAGAGACAGAGAUCUCGCUUGCAUUGAAGCAGCUGCCGCAAGGCAUUUCCCGGGGCAUUGAGGAGGCGAAGACUCCUAAGGCAGGGCAGCCAUGCGAUCCCGUGGCGCUGCAGAAGAGGCGGGACCGCACAUGCGUGGGCACGCUAGUGGAGGAGGGCAAGGUGGAGGUGGUGGUGCUCUGUGAGGCGAGGGGUGUGGGGCGGCCCGUGCUACAUUGCGAGUGGUGUCCUUUCUUCACACGGAGCGAGAAGGCGCUUGCCGUUCAUGCCCGAGCGGCCUGCGUGGCCAGGGGAGAGGGCGGAGGGAGUAUCCGUGCCGCGACCGUCGCCCCACAUGCCAUUGCCUGCCCCGAGUGUGGCACCCAGUUCAAGCAGCGCCGCGCUCUCAACACUCACCGGCUGAAACGGAAGUGCCCCGCCAUGCGCAAGCAACGCAGAGCUGCAAGCAAGCCUCUGAGAAAUGGCAUCAGUGUCAAAUGCGAGAGCGCUCGGAUGAGGGAGGUGGAUUUACCACAGCCUCAGCUGGGGUUCAUCUCAGGAACUCGGAGAGGUGGAAGAGAUGUUGGUAACGUGCAAAAAAAGAGCACGCAUACCAAUAAAGGUAAAAUCUGGAGAAAUAGAACAGCCAAGAUCACAGACGCCGCUAAUUGCAAGAGCAUCAAUACUCGACAUAGCACAGAUACGCAGCCUAAGGUAAAUGAUGAUCCAAAUAGGGAAAGGUCUUCACAUUGUCAGGAAGAAAAAGACUGCAAAGAGGGGGAAGCAUGGGUUUGUGAUCAAGGACGCUUCCGCUGCCUGCACUGCCCAUUCUUGUGUCGGCAGCAACGAGCGAUCCUGUCGCACGGGAGGAAGGGCUGCCUGCGGCCCGGGCAGAUCCUGUGCGGAAUCUGCUCGUUUGUGUGCCAGUCAAACGGAGCACUCAGCAACCACCGGAAGUUGUUUCAUAGCACAGCCAAGGCAGACGAAAUGGACCCGCCAUUGAGUGAGUCGCUAGAUAGGAAAGUCACAAAGCUGGACAACGGGGAUGGGGGUAAACAGGAGGGCAGUAGUGAUUCAAUGCCAAAUGUGGAUGCCACACAAGGGAAAGAGCAAGAUGGUGAACUAGUAGUAAAUCAAAAGGACCAUGCAGAUGGCUUAAAAUUGAACAAGGACAUUUCGCAAUCAAAUACACGCUUAGUAGCUGGGAUAGAGACUGUAGAAGAUGGAAAUCGGUGUCGAUCAAAUAAACACAAGAGCGAAAACAAAGCUGUUACCUGCAGGAGUGAGGACAAAAACAUCGUUGUAGUGAAUGAAAAACAAACUGGCGGCACGUGCACAGCAGGAAAAGAAAAUGUAGUGCAAUCUGGCGGGGAGGAAAUCGGACAACGAACGCGAUCCAAAACCAGGGCGAGCUCUAGACAGGAAAUUAUAAAACUUGAGAGGCACAUAGACAUGGUGUCAGGUGUAGAUGGGAGUUCCAACAAAGGUAAUGGAGAAUCUGAGGGCGAUACGGGAGAAUCUCCCGAAUCAAGCAACAAAGGUAAGAACGGCAGCAGGAAUUUGGGGUGUGAGGGCUGCGUCUUCCGCUGCAAGCAAGAGCGAGUGUUGGAAACGCACCUGCGCAGGGGAUGCAUGGGGCCAGGCGAGGUGCAGUGCCGGCUCUGCCCCUUGGUGUGCAAGUCACCCGUUGUGCUGAGAGACCACAGCCUCUCGCACAGACAGGCCGGCCGUGCUAGGUCCAGCAGGAGAGCGCCGUCCGCAGCGUCGAGGCUCACUCUGCUCCAAUGUAAGCAGUGCCCCUUCUGCUGCAAGCAGGAGGGUGCUCUCCGACGGCACGUGAAUCGGCAACACCGCGGCGUGUUGCCCUACUGCUGCACCGCCUGCGAGUUCAGCACAAAGCGGCGAUACCGACUGACGGCGCACGCGGCGGCCGUGCACGGGGUGGGAGGCGGGGGGCCCCCACUGCGCCCGCACGGCUGCGACCAAUGCUCCCGCGUCUUCCUUGAAGCGACCAAGCUACGCAGCCACCGGAGGCGAGUCCACGAUCGCAGGCCAACGCACUUCUGCAAUCGCUGUGACUAUGCCGGGUACGGAACGCACGACGUCGCGCGGCAUGUAGAAAAGUGCCACAGCCAGGUUGCGGCCGGCAAAGGCAGCAGCGACGGCUUCCCCUGCAAGAGCUGCAGCGCAACCUUCAGCUCGGCAUCGGCCCUGCGUCAGCACCUGUUGAGAAAGCAUCGCCAAGAGUCGCUCGACAAGGAUGGGACUCCCUCGCCGCCAGUGGCGGCAAUUUUGUGUGCGUCGCCGGGUGGCCCUGAGCCUGCCAUCCAUGUUCAGUGCACAGCGUGUGGCCAGGAGUUCUCGCAGCACGCAGAUUUGAGGGAGCACCGGCGUGUACAGCAUGGGCCCCACCGUCGGCAUGGUCACACCUGCCCCACGUGCCCCGAGACGUUCCACGGCAAACAGGAGAUGGUGCUGCACAUCCUGCGCAAACAUGAGGCCAUCGACACAGGAUGCACCACUGACGGCGUGGGGGAGAUGUGCGACGGUGCAGACGAAAAGCUGCUACGCUGCGGACUAUGCAACUUUUCCUGUCGGCACCAGGUGGUGCUGGAGCACCACGUGCGCUGCCAUGGUGGUCGCAAGCUGUACCGGUGCCGGUUGUGCACGUACAGCACACGGAGCGGGCAGAAAAUCGCCUGGCACAGUCGCAUCCACACAGGCGAGAAGCCCUAUCGCUGUUGGCUGUGCGAGUACACUUGCACCGAGCCCUCCCGCCUCAAGGUCCACAUGCGGAAACACAACCCGGACACCAAGUACCUGUGCCCUGUAUGUGGUUACACCUGCAAGUGGGCCAACCAGCUUAAGUACCACAUGACCACGCACACAGGGGAGAAGCCAUACCGGUGUGACAAGUGCGAGUACGCCACGAACCGCAGCGACGCCCUGCGCACGCACGAGGCCACACAGCACCAGGAGGGCCGUGCCUUUGUGUGCGAGCACUGCGGCAAGGCCUUCAAGACACGCUACCUGCUGGGCAGCCACAUGCGCAAGCACGCCGAGGUCCGGCCACACGUGUGCCCGCAAUGCCGCCGCACCUUCCGCUGGCCAGCGGCCCUGCGCAACCACCUGCUCACGCACCGCUUCGAGCGCCCAUUCGCCUGCUCCUUGUGCGCCUACCAGGCGAAUCAGCGGGCUCAGGUGGUGAGCCAUCUGGCGAGGCGCCACACAAGUGAAGCGGAGCAGGGCGUCGUGCUGGACAUGCGGCACGUGCCUUCCGAGAUGUCGGCGCUUCCUCUGCGCAACCAAAGCAGGCGGGGCCCCCCAUUCGCCACCCGAGGGGACGCUCCGGAGAAUGUUAUCGGUCAGGGGGUCGGAGAUCAAAGCAAGCAAAGAAGAGAGGGAAGCGAAGAAACCAGAAAAAGGAGCAGCCUCGGUCCGAUGGAGCCACCCUCCCUCUGGGUUACAGCUGGGGGUGAAGUGGGGGACAAGGGUGGGCUGAGGGCCACAACUGUGUCGGAGGAGGAUGUGUCCGUCGGAGGACCUGCGUCUGACUUGGGAAACGCGUCAAGGGUUGAGCUCGGGGUAGCGGUGCCUUCUCUUCCCGUGCAGCCCACAUUCACCAGCACACAGGUUUCCCUCCAUUAACUCAACACAAAGUUGCGAAGAGCAGAAAGAUGCCAAUGUGUUUGAAACAGCAGUCAUUUCAACAGUCUCGGUAAAAAAAUAUAUGUACUUUCCAUCGUAAAAAGGUUUGCAUUUUUUUAUUGCAGGGCAUUUUAAAAACUGUAUUUGAUUGUGCUCAUAUAGUCGUUGCAUGGAUUGUCAUGCCGUAUGUGAAAGCUGUUCUUUAUUUUCAUUGUUAGAUGUCAUCACUGCUGUCGACUACAAGAAUAAAAAUAUAUAUAUGUAGGCACUACAUUUAAGCAGUUAUGUGCAUACAAGUAAAUAAUUGUCAUGCUGUUAAGUUGAAUUGUUAGUCGGCCAUACACUGUAUGAGCUGUUGCAGAAAUCUGUCCCUGUAGUGCUGCUUUUCUGUUAACAUGUGUUCAAAUAACUGAAUGAAACAAUCCUGCCGCAGUAACAUUGAUUGUAUGUGAAACAUGACUCCCUGUUGUCUCUCGCACAAAGUUCUGCCAAGCAUGAUUAAAAAAUGAUACAAAAAAAUUCAACCAU